AUGAAUCAAACCCACGAACAACAACAACAACAACAACCACUCAUCACUCCAUCAUCAUCUCUAACACAACAACAACAACAACCACUACCAAACACGAGCUCGGAACUCGAGCCUUCUUCUUCUUCUUCCACAACUACUCCCAUGAAAGCGCAAGAACCCAAUCAUCAUCAUGGUGAUUAUGAAACAAACAUUUCUCCCUCCACAAUGGCUCUUUCUUCAUCUCCUCUUUUAUUAAGCCUUCAACAUCAACCUUCUACUCCUCAUCAUUUUGACCACCAGCACCACUACCAACCACAUCAUUUAGAUUCAAAAACAACUGAACAAGAGGGAGGUAUCCUCAUAGGCUCAUCUCCUCAGCAACAACAAAACCAUUCUUCAUCCUCACUCUCGGGAAUUAGUAACCACACAUCGAUGAGUUCUCAGGUGACUUCAUCAUCACUCUCCUCAGUAGGACAUUUGACAACCAAAUGUAAUAAUCCUCAUCAUCAACCAUCCACAGAUUCGGCAACUCUGAAACAACUUCAAAGAAGGAAAGAAUUAGAGAAUUGGCGAAAGAAUCGACGAAUUACGAAAUCAACAACGGCCUUACACUCAAUGACCGCCUCAAUUAUGAAGAGUAAUAACACUCAAACAACAAAAUCUGUGUCACGAAAAUCUGGAGUUCCCUCAGCGACCUGUUCUCUUCACAAUUCGAGAGCAUCACAACAACAAGUGCCAUCAAAGACGGUCGUUUCUUCAACAUUGGCACAACAUUUGGAGACGUCAAGUAAGAAAAGAAAACUCAGCGAACAAUCAGAGAGCAUUUCUCACAAGAAAGUUUCGAGAGUGCCACUUUCUUCUUCAAUUUCUCAAGUGAUGAGACAAGAAGCAAUGCCUUUGGGUGUACAGCAACCAUCAAAAAGAAAUGAUAACGUUAUUUCUUUUACUAAUUUAUUGAAGAUUGAUAAAUAUCUGCCAGGAUCGAAUGCAGUACAGAUCCAUCAAAGAGUGAAACAAGCUGAAGAAAAAGAAAACACUGCUCUCAAUAUUUCCUCGAUUUUAAUUGUUGAUGAUAAAGAAAAUGUGGAAGAAGAUCGUCACAUGCUUGAUAACAUUGCAAAAAUUGCAGAUUCCAUUGAGGAAGAAAACAUACCUCCCUCAAUAAGUUUGGCCUCCAGUACAGGUCUAUCCUCAGCAUCAACCACUCUGAAUCAGACAAGUUCAGUGCUUCUUGAUGUGUCAUGCUUGGACAAAUCGGAGCCAAGAAGUGCCAGAAAAUCAUUGAAACAAAAGAGUUUUCUUUCCAGUGGAAAUGGCUCAUCCUUCUUUUCGACCAGUACUGGUUUUUCUCCUCUUCCAUCUAAAACACCUCUUUCUGCAUUUAAGUCAGCCACCCUUAAGUUAUCAAAGAAUCCAACCCACAACUCAUAUGAGGAAGAGGCCACAAAGUUGAAUCACCAAGAUUCUCUUGCAAACAACAACAGUAAUAACUGCUCAUUACAAUCUCGUGACACUGGAAAUCCAUCGAGAGAAGAAAUUGAAUAUUUGAAAGCUAAAAUUGUGGAUCUAGAGGAACGUUUAAGGAAAGAGUCCAUGGAAAAAGACUUUUGGAAAGAAUCCUACAAAAAUUUGCUUUCAUCAACACGAACAAAUCAACCAGCCAAUGUUGAACGUGUUAUCACUUGGGAUGACAAUUUACACUCGAGUAAACAAUUAGAGUAA